CUCCAACCUUCCCCAAACAUUAACUCUUGGGGAUCUCUCAAGCUUAAGACUACAGACUUCCAGAGACACAAACACACUUUUGGACCUUUUUUUUCUGCUGUGCAAGAAUCUUUGAGAGGAGAAAUGGUGUCUGCUGGGUUACAGAUGUUGGGCACGGCCCUGUGCAUCAUCGGCUGGAUAGGGGUCAUCGUCGUCUGCGCCCUCCCCAUGUGGAAAGUGACGGCCUUCGUCGGCCAGAACAUCGUCACGGCUCAAACCACCUGGGAGGGCAUCUGGAUGACCUGUGUGCACCAGAGCACGGGCCAGAUGCAGUGCAAGGUGUACGACUCCAUGCUGGCUCUGUCCCGGGACCUGCAGGCCGCCCGCGCCCUCAUCAUCAUCUCCAUCCUGCUCGGCGUUUUCGGGCUCCUCCUUUCAAUAGCAGGGGGGAAAUGCACCAACUGCGUGGAGGACGAGAGCUCCAAAGCCAAAGUCGGCAUGGCGUCGGGCGUGGUCUUCAUCCUUACUGGAAUUUUGUGCCUCAUUCCUGUGAGCUGGACGGCAAACACCGUCAUUAGCAACUUCUACAACCCAUUAAUGCAGGGAUCGCAGAAAAGGGAGCUGGGAGCUAUGGUUUCUCAGGGGAUUCAGAUGAUCGGCAUAUCGAUGGCUGUGAUUGGCUGGUUCAUGGUCAUCGUGGUGUGCGCCCUGCCCAUGUGGAAGGUGACGGCGUUCAUUGGAGCCAACAUCAUCACGGCUCAGACCAUCUGGCAGGGCAUGUGGAUGAACUGUGUGGUGCAGAGCACGGGUCAGAUGCAGUGCAAGGUGUACGACUCCAUGCUGGCUCUGCCUCAGGACCUGCAGGCCGCCCGCGCCAUGAUCAUCAUCUCCAUCCUGACGGGGAUCUUUGGAGUCAUCUUGUCCAUCGCCGGGGGGAAAUGCACCAACUGCAUCGAGGACGAGCGGUCCAAGUCCAAGGCCUGCAUCCUGGCUGGAGUUCUGUUCAUCGUCUCUGGGUUGCUUUGUCUCAUUCCUGUCUCCUGGUCCGCCAACACCAUCGUCCGUAACUUCUAUAAUCCUCUACUGCUGGAAGCUCAGAGGUACGAGCUGGGAGCGGCGCUGUAUAUCGGCUGGGCGGCUGCUGCUCUGCUGCUGAUGGGAGGCGGGCUGCUGUGUUGGAACUGCCCUCCCAAACGUGAACAUCCUCACUACGUUCCCCAGUUCAGGCCUGUGAAGUCAGCCUCCACGUCCAGAGAAUACGUUUAA